UAUCCCUAAAUAUCACUGUUGUUCUAACACAUUUUAAAAUGCCGCAAGAGUAUGUCACCUUUAAUGAUUUUAUGAGCCUACCUGUGCUUUACUAUCGCAGCAUUGGAGUGGAUCCAUUCGAAUCGAUUAGCACCAAGGCAACUUCGCAUCGCUGGCUCUACGCCAACUUUCUGUUUCAAGUGUUAAAUCUAAUAUUUGUAAUUGUCCUAGAAGCAAUUUUUGUGUACAUAUCGUUUAUGAAGAGCGAGAACUUUGUGGAAUCCUGCAUGGUAAUGGGCUACAUAGGUUAUGGUCUCGUGGGCGAGCUAAAGAUGAUAACCGUCUGGUUGCAGAAGCCCAAGUUGACCGCAUUAGUGCGUGAAAUGGAGUCAAUAUUUCCAUCAUCCGCACCUGAGGAUCAACGCAAAUAUCACGUUGAACACUAUCUGCAACGUUGUCGUAUGUUCACCAAGGGUUUCACUGGAUUCUACCUAGUGCUCGUCGCUCUUUACAAUCUCUUCAUUGUCGUCCAGUUCAUCGUACAACGAUUCAUUACGCAGCUGCCAGGUGCACAGAUGUCCAUGCCCUAUUCCCAAAUAUCGCCAUGGAGUGUGGACAACAGCCUGGGCUUCUGUGUGAUGUACGCUCUGCAGGCAUUGGCUGGUUACACGAGCACAGCCGGACACAUUUCCAGUGAUAUUCUCAUCUAUGCGGUGGUCAUUCAGGACGUUAUGCACUAUGACUUUUUGUCAAAGGAACUGGUUAAGUUGGAUAUCCACACAGAUCGUGUGGCUGAUGGCUAUGCCAAGGAUCUCAAAUUGCUGCAGAACUUAAUAUCCUAUCACAAUAAGCUACUGGGACUAAGCGAUGUCAUCAAUAAGGUCUUUGGCUUUCCGCUGCUCUUAAACGUUUUGGCUUCUUCGCUGAUAGUCUGCUUUGUGGGCUUUCAGAUGACACUUGGUCUGAGUACAGAGCAAGUGUGCAAGCUGGCAGUCAUGUUGGUGGCCCAAAUUUUGGAAAUCUAUCUUAUAUGCUAUUUUAGUGAUAUGCUUAUCAUUGCAAGUGGCAGUUUGGCAGCAUCCGUCUAUCAAAUGAAUUGGAUUGAGGCAGAUACGCGCUAUAAAAAAAUGCUUAUUCUUAUAGCAUUACGGGCUCAGAGACCGGUGUGCUUGAAGGCAACUGUAUUCUUGGAUGUUUCAAUGCAGACUAUGACAAUGUUCUUGGAAAUGACCUACAGAUUCUUUUGUAUCAUUCGUACCAUGUAUCAGUAAAGUACC